AUGUCCGCCAACUUCUACCUCUCAUCCCACGCGAACCACCAUCUCCACCCUCGGUAUGCGCUUCUUACCGCUCGGCUCGACGACUUGCGACACGCGAACGAGCAGGAACUCGCGUGGAUCGAGAUAUGGAGUGCGAGCGCCAUGCAAAAGAUUUGUAAGCGCCUGAACCUCCGCCAGCAAGUGGUCGCGACAGCGGUCGUCUACUUCCGGCGUUUCUACCUCCGCAACUCGUACUGCGAGACCGACCCGGCACUUGUCGCUGCUGCGUGCUGCUACGUCGCUGCGAAAGCGGAGGAGACGCCGGUGCAUGUGAAGAGUGCGGUGGGCGAAGCGAAGGUCGUUUUCAACGACAUGGGUCUCGUCUCUUUUACGUCGGAUCACCACCGCCUCGCCGAGAUGGAGUUCUAUCUCCUCGAAGAACUCGACUUUCACCUGAUCAUCUUCCACCCUUACCGCGCUUUGAUCCAGCUGUGCGGGAGGGACGGCGGUGCGAAUGCGGGUGGAGAGGAGGGCAGGCUGAACAAGGACAAGAUGCUUGAGAUGGAUGACACGACGCUGCAGAUGGCUUGGUUCAUCCUGAACGACACCUUCCGCUCGUCGCUCUGCCUUGUCCACCCACCGCACCUCAUCGCCAUCGCAGCGAUCUACCUCGCGUUCGCACUCCAGCCUCCCGCCUCGGCCGCCGCGCAGAUCCUUCCUCCUUCUGCGUCUGCGUCCGCAGGUCGCGCAUCGAACGGCUCUGCGGACGCUCCUCGACCGGGCGGAGGACCCGCCACACGCACCCGCCGCCAAUCGCAAGACGCAUCGAACAACCCUUCCGCCCUCACCACCACCUCCUCAUCCUCCAGCACGAAGUCCUCGCCUUCUGCCCCAGAUCCAAUCACUUUCCUCGCCUCCCUCGCGAUCGACCAGUCGCUCGUCCUCGAGAUCGUCCAAGAAAUCGUCUCGCUGUACGAGUUAUGGGCCCAACUCGAGUCCGGUUCCAGCAAUAGCUCCGGCUCAAGCGGUUCCAAUCGCGGUAGCUCAAGCUCUUCUACGCGCGGACAAAGCGGCGGAACUAGCUCGAGUCCGGAUGAGAAAGUUGUUGCGAUCUUGAGGAGGAUGCAGGAGGGCAGGAUGAGGGAGCUGAGAGACGAGAGGGGGAAACAGGUGCAGGCUCAGCAGGCGCAGGCGGCGGUUGCUGGGAGGAGGGGUGGUUGA